GGGCCGCUGCUGCUGGGCCGGACCCCCCGGGCUCAGCCCGGCCCCUCGCCGAGCUGCCGCCGCCGCCCCGUUUGCUGAGGAGGAGGCCCCCGGCCGGGGCGUCGGGCGCGGGGCAUAAAACGGGCCGGAGCCGGCGCCCGGGGCAGUAGAGCCGCGUACGGCCCGGGUCAGCGCCCGCCCGCCCGCGCUCCUCCCGGCCGCUCCUCCCGCCCCGCCCGGCCCGGCGCCGACUCUGCGGCCGCCCGACGAGCCCCUUGCGGCACUGCCCCGGCCCCGGCCCCGGCCCCCUCCCGCCGCACCGCCCCCGGCCCGGCCCUCCGCCCUCCGCACUCCCGCCUCCCUCCCUCCGCCCGCUCCCGCGCCCUCCUCCCUCCCGCCUCCCCAGCUGUCCCGUUCGCGUCAUGCCGAGCCUCCCGGCCCCGCCGGCCCCGCUGCUGCUCCUCGGGCUGCUGCUGCUCGGCUCCUGGCCGGCCCGCGGCGCCGGCCCCGAGCCCCCCGCGCUGCCCAUCCGUUCCGAGAAGGAGCCGCUGCCCGUUCGGGGAGCGGCAGGCUGCUCCUUCGGCGGGAAGGUCUAUGCCUUGGACGAGACGUGGCACCCGGACCUGGGGGAGCCCUUCGGGGUGAUGCGCUGCGUGCUGUGCGCCUGCGAGGCGCCUCAGUGGGGUCGCCGUACCAGGGUCCCUGGCAGGGUCAGCUGCAAGAACAUCAAACCAGAGUGCCCAACCCUGGCCUGUGGGCAGCCGCGGCAGCUGCCAGGACACUGCUGCCAGUCCUGCCCCCAGGAGCGCAGCAGUUCGGAGCGGCAGCCGAGCGGCCUGUCCUUCGAGUAUCCGCGGGACCCGGAGCAUCGCAGUUAUAGCGACCGCGGGGAGCCAGGCGCUGAGGAGCGGGCCCGUGGUGACGGCCACACGGACUUCGUGGCGCUGCUGACAGGGCCGAGGUCGCAGGCGGUGGCACGAGCCCGAGUGUCGCUGCUGCGCUCUAGCCUCCGCUUCUCCAUCUCCUACAGGCGGCUGGACCGCCCUACCAGGGUCCGCUUCUCAGACUCCAAUGGCAGUGUCCUGUUUGAGCACCCUGCAGCCCCCACCCAAGAUGGCCUGGUCUGUGGGGUGUGGCGGGCAGUGCCUCGGUUGUCUCUGCGGCUCCUUAGGGCAGAACAGCUGCAUGUGGCACUUGUGACACUCACUCACCCUUCAGGGGAGGUCUGGGGGCCUCUCAUCCGGCACCGGGCCCUGGCUGCAGAGACCUUCAGUGCCAUCCUGACUCUAGAAGGCCCCCCACAGCAGGGCAUAGGGGGCAUCACCCUGCUCACUCUCAGUGACACAGAGGACUCCUUGCAUUUUUUGCUGCUCUUCCGAGGGCUGCUGGAACCCAGGAGUGGGGGACUAACCCAGGUUCCCUUGAGGCUCCAGAUUCUACACCAGGGGCAGCUACUGCGAGAACUUCAGGCCAAUGUCUCAGCCCAGGAACCAGGCUUUGCUGAGGUGCUGCCCAACCUGACAGUCCAGGAGAUGGACUGGCUGGUGCUGGGGGAGCUGCAGAUGGCCCUGGAGAGGGCAGGCAGGCCAGGGCUGCGCAUCAGUGGACACAUUGCUGCCAGGAAGAGCUGCGACGUCCUGCAAAGUGUCCUUUGUGGGGCUGAUGCCCUGAUCCCAGUCCAGACGGGUGCUGCCGGCUCGGCCAGCCUCACGCUGCUAGGAAAUGGCUCCCUGAUCUAUCAGGUGCAAGUGGUAGGGACAAGCAGUGAGGUGGUAGCCAUGACACUGGAGACCAAGCCUCAGCGGAGGGAUCAGCGCACUGUCCUGUGCCACAUGGCUGGACUCCAGCCAGGAGGACACACGGCCGUGGGUAUCUGCCCUGGGCUGGGUGCCCGAGGGGCUCAUAUGCUGCUGCAGAAUGAGCUCUUCCUGAACGUGGGCACCAAGGACUUCCCAGACGGAGAGCUUCGGGGGCACGUGGCUGCCCUGCCCUACAGUGGGCAUAGCGCGCGCCAUGACACACUGCCCGUGCCCCUAGCAGGAGCCUUGGUGCUACCCCCUGUGAAGAGCCAAGCAGCAGGGCACGCCUGGCUGUCCCUGGAUACCCACUGUCACCUGCACUAUGAAGUGCUGCUGGCUGGGCUUGGUGGCUCAGAACAAGGCACUGUCACUGCCCACCUCCUGGGGCCUCCUGGCACGCCAGGGCCUCGGCGGCUGCUGAAGGGAUUCUAUGGCUCAGAGGCCCAGGGUGUGGUGAAGGACCUGGAGCCGGAGCUGCUGCGGCACCUGGCAAAAGGCAUGGCCUCCCUACUGAUCACCACCAAGGGUAGCCCCAGAGGGGAGCUCCGAGGGCAGGUGCACAUCGCCAACCAAUGUGAGGUGGGCGGACUGCGCCUGGAGGCGGCCGGGGCCGAGGGGGUGCGGGCGCCAGGGACUCCAGAUACAGCCUCUGCUGCGCCGCCUGUGGUGCCUGGUCUCCCGGCCCUAGCACCCGCCAAACCUGGUGGUCCUGGACGGCCCCGAGACCCCAAUACAUGCUUCUUCGAGGGGCAGCAGCGCCCCCACGGGGCUCGCUGGGCGCCCAACUACGACCCUCUCUGCUCCCUCUGCACCUGCCAGAGACGAACGGUGAUCUGUGACCCGGUGGUGUGCCCACCGCCCAGCUGCCCACACCCGGUGCAGGCUCCCGACCAGUGCUGCCCUGUUUGCCCUGAGAAACAAGAUGUCAGAGACCUGCCAGGGCUGCUGAGGAGCCGGGACCCAGGAGAGGGCUGCUAUUUUGAUGGUGACCGGAGCUGGCGGGCAGCGGGUACGCGGUGGCACCCCGUUGUGCCCCCCUUUGGCUUAAUUAAGUGUGCUGUCUGCACCUGCAAGGGGGGCACUGGAGAGGUGCACUGUGAGAAGGUACAGUGUCCCCGGCUGGCCUGUGCCCAGCCUGUCCGUGUCAACCCCACUGACUGCUGCAAACAGUGUCCAGUGGGGUCGGGGGCCCACCCCCAGCUGGGGGACCCCAUGCAGGCUGAUGGGCCCCGGGGCUGCCGUUUUGCUGGGCAGUGGUUCCCAGAGAGUCAGAGCUGGCACCCCUCAGUGCCCCCUUUUGGAGAGAUGAGCUGUAUCACCUGCCGAUGUGGGGCAGGGGUGCCUCACUGUGAGCGGGAUGACUGUUCACUGCCACUGUCCUGCGGCUCGGGGAAGGAGAGUCGAUGCUGUUCCCGCUGCAUGGCCCACCAGCGGCCAGCCCCAGAGACCAGAACUGAUCCAGAGCUGGAGAAAGAAGCCGAAGGCUCUUAGGGAGCAGCCAGAGGGCCACAUGACCAAGAGGAUGGGGCCUGUGCUGGGGAAGGGGUGGCAUCGAGGACCUUCUCGCAUUCUCCUGUGGGAAGCCCAGUGCCUUUGCUCCUCUGUCCUGCCUCUGCUCCCACCCCCACUACCUCUGGGAACCACAGCUCCACAAGGGGGAGAGGCAGCUGGGCCAGACCGAGGUCACAGCCACUCCAAAUCCUGCCCUGCCACCCUCGGCCUCUGUCCUGGAAGCCCCACUCCUUUCCUUCUGUACAUAAUGUCACUGGCUUGUUGGGAUUUUUAAUUUAUCCUCACUCAGCACCAAGGGCCCCCGACACUCCACUCCUGCUGCCCCUGAGCUGAGCAGAGUCAUUAUUGGAGAGUUUUGUAUUUAUUAAAACAUUUCUUUUUCAGUC